AUGGGUAACACUCCAUCGAAGACGCUUUCCUCUACAAAGAAGAAAUCUGCGAAUAGCAAUAGUAGUAACAAUGAAGACUUACCGCAGUUUACACGAACUGACACGGGACAGUCUGCCAAAAGUUCCAGAUCGGUGAGAUCAAGUAGGUCACGAAAGUCACAGUCAGGAUCGGUACCUGGUACACCAAAGGCUGCUAUGAUUGAUAGCAGUGCUAUGUCGAUACCUGGCUCGUCUCAUUCGAGAAAAAAUAGUUAUACGCAUCUGAACCUGCCGUUGCCGGUGCUGUCAAGGUCCAAUUCACAGCAUAGUUUCACCCCCCAGCAGCAUACAAACGAAGCACAGGACCAGCGACUAGCGGCUGAUCAGAGGACAGCCGACCAGCAGCGAACUCCGCGUGCGGCAAGUUUUAGUAAUGGCGAAUUACCGCCUUCAAUGGUUCAGAUGGAACCAAAAUCUCCAAUUUUACGAUAUUUUUCAUCAAAUAACAAUCUUAACACGUCUUACAACGAAAAUUCUCUAACGGAUGACGACAUGGAUACUUAUAAUGGUAUAGACGGCACGGAAGACUCACAUUCCCACAAAUCACGGCGAGAGACUGCAAGGAGAAGGAGUAGCGUAUCGAGUCAGCGCAGAAAGUCGGGAGGCCAACAGCAUCUGGAGUUGCCGUCUUUCCCAACCACGUUGAGCCGAACGUCUUCUCACUCAAGUUCGCAUAGUAGGAAGUCAUCUUUAAGUGGUGUUGGCGGGAGCUCAGGCGGUAAUUCGGUAUAUUCAACCCCUUUGGCGUCUCCUGCAAUUCAUAAAGAGGAGCCAUCAGGGUAUUUUGGUAAUGUUGAUGGUCCUUUUGUUGGUUCCAAAGAAGCAUUAGGUGGAUGUGCCAUUGACGAUGGUCAAGAACACGAAUUCAACGCAACUCCAGAAGGUAGUGAUACUUUUGUGCGAGGUAUUCAGGACGGGGAGGAGUUGUUGGUGGAUGGUCAGGAUGGCACUAUACCUAAAAACAAGAAGCCUAUCAAACCGCUUGAUAUCGAUGAGAUGAUCCAAAAGCUACUAGACGCGGGUUACCUUGGUAAACGUACUAGGACGGUGUGCCUAAAGAACUCAGAGAUAGCACAGAUUUGCCAGCAAGCGCGUGAAAUAUUUUUGUCGCAACCAUCUCUUUUGGAGCUUUCACCUCCGGUGAAGAUAGUUGGUGAUGUGCAUGGUCAGUAUGCCGAUUUGCUACGACUAUUUACAAAGUGUGGGUUUCCUCCAUCAUCAAACUAUUUAUUUUUAGGGGACUAUGUUGAUCGUGGUAAGCAAUCCCUAGAGACCAUUCUACUACUUUUAUGUUACAAGAUUAAAUAUCCGGAAAAUUUCUUUCUAUUAAGAGGCAAUCAUGAAUGCGCUAAUGUGACCAGAGUGUACGGUUUUUACGAUGAAUGCAAACGCCGUUGUAAUAUCAAGACUUGGAAAUUGUUUAUCGAUACUUUUAAUACAUUACCACUAGCCGCUAUUGUUGCGGGGAAAAUUUUCUGUGUUCACGGCGGGUUAUCUCCUGUAUUAAAUUCAAUGGAUGAAAUACGGCAUGUCAGCAGACCUACCGAUGUUCCAGAUUUUGGCUUGAUCAAUGAUCUUCUAUGGUCGGAUCCCACUGACUCGCCGAAUGAGUGGGAGGAUAAUGAACGUGGGGUGAGCUACUGUUACAAUAAGGUUGCUAUCAACAAGUUCUUGAAUAAAUUUGGAUUUGACUUGGUUUGUAGGGCUCACAUGGUCGUUGAAGAUGGUUAUGAGUUUUUCAACGAUAGAAGUUUGGUUACAGUUUUUAGUGCCCCAAACUACUGUGGCGAAUUUGAUAACUGGGGUGCUGUGAUGAGCGUCAGCGAAGGCUUGCUCUGUAGUUUUGAAUUAUUAGAUCCAUUGGAUGGUGCCGCUUUAAAGCAGGUAAUGAAGAAGGGUAGACAGGAACGGAAAUUGGCUAAUAAGCAGCAGCAACAGCAUGAAAAACAACUAGAAGUAUAG